AGAGAGAGCCCCUCAGUUGUGUGUCGCUCGUGGCGGAAAAACAUGGAACGUUGGCAGAAUCGUGUGGCAGUGAUAAGUGGCGCCAGCUCGGGCAUUGGGGCCGCCUGUGCCCGUCUACUGGUGGCCGCUGGCCUUCAGGUGGUGGCUCUGGCCCGGCGCACCGAUCGCCUGGAGCAGCUGCGCCAAUCGCUGCCGCAGGAGCAGCAGAAGCUCUUCCAUCAGCGCACGUGCGACAUCUCGCAGGAGUCGCAGGUGAAUGGCACCUUCGAGUGGAUCGAACGGGAGCUGGGCGGCAUCGAUGUACUGAUCAACAAUGCGGGCAUUGUCCUGGGCGGCCAGCUGAUCGAUAUGCCCACCCAGGAGAUCGGCAAUGUCCUGCAAACGAAUCUCAUGGGCAGCAUCUACUGCACGAAACUGGCCGCUGGCAGCAUGCGGCGCCGCCAGUUCCCAGGACAUUUGUUCUUUGUGAACAGCACCGCCGGUUUGGCCGGCUACAAGCCGGAUCCGGCCGAUGAGAGCCUCAAUGCGUACACCCCCAGCAAAUUCGCCCUCACGGCGGUCCAAGAGAUAUUCAGACAGGAGCUCAUAGCACAAGGAUCUAAGAUCAAGACAACGAGCAUCAAUCCUGGUUGGGUGGCCACCGAAAUCGUGCCAGACGAAACCAAAGAAAAGCUGGGCGAUGUGAUACUCCAGGCGGACGAUGUGGCCCAGGCAGUGCUCUAUGCCCUCUCCACGCCGCCCCAUGCCCAGGUGGAGCAGAUAACGCUGCGAGCCGUUGGCGAAUACUUUUGAUAAGAGAACACCCCCCCCACCGCCACCACCACCCUCCAGAUAACAGAUUAAACAACGGCCCACCCCACCCCGUAGUGGCUGUAAGCACUGUAAUCGACACUC